AUGAAACUUUCUGCUGCUCUGCUGCUGCUGGCUGCUGGCCAAACUGUGAACGCUUUGCUACCCAUCCACAUCAAGGAUUACAGGUUCAUCAAGCCUGCUUCUCCAAACAGUACCGAGAGUGAGAACGAAGUGUUCUAUGUGAAAGGUAUUGACUACCAGCCUGGUGGUUCGUCUGGCUAUGACCCUGACAGCGACUCUGAUGUGCUUUCUGACCCUGAACAAUGUGCUCGUGAUGCGUUUGUGUUCCAACAGCUUGGUAUUAACACUAUCAGAGUUUACACCUUGAACCCAGAUAUCAACCACGACAAAUGUAUGACCAUCCUGAACAAUGCUGGUAUCUAUGUGAUUCUGGAUGUGAACGGUCCUCACUAUGGUGAGAAUCUGAACCGUGCUGACCCGGUCGGAACCUACAACGCCUGGUACAUGUCCAGAGUGUUCAGGUUCAUUGAUGCUUUCAAGAACUAUCCAAAUGUCUUAGGUUUCUUUGCCGGUAAUGAGAUCAUCAACGAUGAAUCCAACUACGCUGAAAUCGACCCUCAAUUCAUCCGUGCUAUUCAAAGAGACAUGAAGGAGUACAUUGCCAAGCACUCCAACAGAACUAUCCCUGUGGGUUACUCUGCUGCUGACAACGUCGACUUGAGAUUGCCUACUUUGAACUACUUGCAGUGUAAUUCUCUAACUGGUGGCAAUAUCACCAAAACGAUGCAGGAAUCCAGAUCCGACUUCUUUGGGUUAAACACUUACGAGUGGUGCUCCGGUUCUUCCGACUGGAAGUCUUCCGGUUUUGACAAACUGAACUCAAGUUUCUCAGAUGCAGUUAUCCCAGUCAUCUUCUCUGAGUACGGUUGUAACAAGAACAAACCUAGAACCUUUGAUGAAGUUUCCGAAGGUCUGUAUGGUGGUCUCAAGGCUGUAUUCUCUGGUGGUUUGGUGUACGAAUACUCCGAAGAAGCCAACGAGUAUGGUUUAGUUACCAUUGACCCUGAAGAUGGUUCCAUUACUUUUAAGGAGGAUUUCGAAAACUUGAAGAACCAACUAAAGAACUCAAGCUUACCAACUAUCAAGGAAAAGGAUGUUCCAAAGAGUGAAAUCUUCAAAUGUAAUGCCUCAUUGAUUACAUCGGAGUUUUCUGAUUUUGGUGUUAAGAACUUCAGUAUUCCAGAACAAUCUAAGGAUACCGCUUACGUUAUCAAAUGGGGUGCUAACGGUACUGAAGGUCAGAUCUUGAAGAACUACACUGCACCAACUACUUUCAAGUAUGAAAUUAAAAACGUAGAUGGUUCAGUUAUCCCAGCUACGAUUACUUACCCAUCCUCAAACUUGAUCAAUGAAUUGCAAACAUCUUCUACAAUGUCUGUUUCUUCCACAUCAUCUGCAUCAGUCACUUCCUCAGCAAAGUCCUCAAGUGUAUCUUCUAGCACCAAGAAGGGUAAGUCUUCUAAGUCUAAGGCUUCUAAGAGCACAUCGAGCGGAAACAAGAAAGCUAGAAACGGUGCAGAGAUGAUUUCUACUCCAGGCUUUGGUACCGGUUUUGCCGCUGCUGUCGCUGCUGCUGUCGCCGCUUUACUAUAA